CUUCUGAUAUACAGCCAAAACGCCACAAAUACUGAUUUGCUAGAGUAAUUUGAACAGUAUUUGUACGAUAUUUCUUGCUGAAACCUCAUAUGCUUCAACACUCCGUGGUGGGCACUGGAGUGUAUAUUGUACAACAAUAGUCAGUGCACAGCGACCAAUUCAAGAUCAACACACAGUCCACCUCCACAGACUUCACGGACUUUGUGUGUGUGUACAAAAGGCAUGAGGAAUGAGCUUGUUUAAACGUCACCCAGAGUCAAGUCGAGGCAAUCUGGACGUCUUAACCUAUCGGCUGUGCCUGUGUAUAAAAACGGCAAGUGCGUGUUAUCACAACUUCACGUCCUCCAACGCGAAUGAGUUAUAAGGGCACUAUCUACUCACCAGACCUAUGGCUCCGUUGACAAAAAAACCUCCACAGUUACAGAGAGUUGGAGGAGAGUGCUCGAACGGAACAUCAGAAUGCAUUAUUGAUGAUGCCUGACGCUCACGCGAAGACGCUCAACAGUUUGUGCACACUUAGCAAUAAAACUAAAAAUUGAAUAAUCUCAGCAAAAUCUUCAAGUAAUUCUGUUUUUAAAAAGUGGAUAUUUUUAUGACAAUUAUAAAUUAACACCGUCAAAGAAAUAGUUUAUGUUUUAAAGAAAGUCUGAUAUGAGUAUAUUCAAGGUUUACUUUGAUUAAUAUUGCCACCUUGAUGUAAAAGUCUGACCUCUGACAACGUGGCAGAUGACCAUCUGGUUCCAACAAAAAAAUUCAAAAAUAAAUUGAAAUGUCCUUGGUUUGUUCAAUAGAUAAUUGACCUUGAACGAUGUACCGUGAUAUAUUAAACUGUAUGAAAUACAUGUCAUGCACAAUCUGGAAGAGCGUCGUUUUUAACUGGUUUUGCUUUAUAACAAACUAGAAAAAAAAUAUCAACCAACAAAUAAUUACUAAUGAUGUAUCCGAACCCCCCCCCCCCCCAUGUUUCACCCUGGUAGCUGAAAAAACAUAUUUCCAGUUUUUCCCAGCCACUUAAAACAGGUUGUUGUCUGUCUCUGAAAUAAGAAUUGUAGCCAAUUGUUUACAAAAUAGGAACAUAUGGUCCGGUGAAAUGGCUAACCAAUAGAGUUUAUGAGUGCCUUUGAUAUGCCACUUGUACUGUCGGUGCAUCACUCACGAUCCAGAAAUGUGUUUUUGUCGAGAACCUGAAUUCUCCAUAAAUAGGGAUCCCACUGUUCUGGGUGAUUUAUUAAGACUGCAGAAGGGUGAACCGGACUCCGUUUCUUCACAUCAGUGUCUGCUUGAACAGUGUUAAACUGUUAAGAAUUUAAAUCUGUCGGCAAGAUGAAGCUUAACUGCAUCAUCGCCAUCCUAAUUCUGGGUCUGGUGGAUGUGGCGCUCGGAGGACUGCGUUACCUUGAUAUUGUGGUGGAUCUUGUCCGCAUCGACGUGCCGGCCGACUCCACCAUCUACGACGGCGGCAUCGCGCCGGUCAACUUCUGCACCUACUUCACGCCGGACAACGGCGCCGCGAUCAUCCUGAAUCGCUUUCAGAGCGAGCGCUACAAGCUGACGGCCUUCCUCGCAACGGACGGCAAGGGGUCCAACCCCACGGCGGUCACAGAUGCUGUCAUACCAUUGGCCGACCAGCUGCAACCAGUCACUGAUGGCAAACAGGUGAUUCUCUUUGAUGCUGAUGUGGCGUUUGAUCUGACAAACGUGGACUGCUACAACAAUCACUUCCCCUAUGCCUGUGUGACCCUUGGCCCAGCCGACGCAGUGGCUAAUCACUGGCAGCCCAGCGCCUCAUCUGUGCUGACCAAGUGUGUCCCCAUCAUCUGCAAACCUCAACCCCUGAAAGUGGACCUAGACUACGUGGAUGUUGACAUACCACGCAAUGCCAUCAUAGUCGACGGUGCAGUCGUAGACCUGUCCCUCUGCGUCUACUUCACCCCAAAAGAUGGCGCGGCCCAGGAGUUGAAUGCACUUGGCGCGGUCGAGCGCUACAAGCUCGUUGCGUUCCUGGCUACCACACCCAACGGCGGGGGCAAGACCGCGCCCGUCACGGGAACCAUCCACAAACUGGACCAGACCCAGGUAUUGACAGACGGGAAACAAUUCUCGUUCUACGAUGCCGAGUUUUCGCUGGAUCUGUCCGGUGUGGAUUGCACAAACGGCGCGUUCCCGUACAUCUGCGCCACGCUUUCCCCCGUUGGGCCGUGGGAGCUGGUGGCUGGUUCUGUGCGAACAGUCUGCACACCCAUCAUUUGUCUUGCUCAGGAUAACUUCAAAGUGCAGCAUGCGUGCGAGGGCCAAGAGUUCCGCUUGACCUGCCCAGCUGGCUUUGGGGUCCACGUUGCCCAUGCCCUCUACGGCCGCAUCGUGCCAGGCAACGUAGUCUGCCCAAGCAACUCAAUCCUGACGACCAAAUGCCUGGCCCUUAAUGCCUUGAAUGUGGUGCGAAACAAGUGCGAGGGAAGCAGCUCGUGCUGGUUCAACGCCAAUAGCAAUCUCUUCGGGAAUCCGUGUGUUGGGACCCACAAAUACCUCCAUGUCUUCUAUCUUUGUAAAGAGAAGCCCUUGGUGAAGCAGGCCUGCGAGGACGGGUUUGUUCAGAUUGACUGCCCAUCUGGCAAGGGCAUCCGCGUCAUCGAUGCAAACUACGGCCGCUACUCUGGCGAGAACGUCUGCGGCACCACGGCAAACAGGAACUGCAUCGCUCCAAACUCCUUGCUGGCCGUCCAGACUAAGUGUCAGGGCAAGAGGUGGUGCAAGGUCCCCGCAACCGACGCCUUCUUCAGCGACCCCUGCCCGUGGACGUCCAAGUAUCUCAAGGUUUAUUACAAGUGUGACUACCCAAUCAUGCAGAAGAAGGUCGUCUGCCAAGGCAGUAACUUGGGACUGGACUGCAAGUCCGGGUACGUCAUCAAGAUUAAUUACGCCCUCUACGGUCGGGUGCAUGGAAGCGGCGUUUGCAACAGCAACUCCUUGGGCAAUUUCAACUGCCAAGCUGAAAACGCUUUAUCGGUUGUGAAGAAUAAAUGCGAAGGGAAGAAGUGGUGCAGCGUUCCAGCCAACAACUACACCUUUGGCAACCCAUGCAAGGGAACACACAAGUACCUCUUUGUCCGCUACUGGUGCAAAAAGCAUUAGGUUCAUCAGUCUGGCUCGGUCUAUGUCCAUCAUAGAUUGAACCUGUCAUCUGAUAAACGUGCAGGAGUUAUGUCCUACAAACUAUCAAAUGAGUGUGAUUUUAGAGUUUAUAUAAAAGUAACAUAAGUAGGAGGUUCACUGACACAGCAACAUUUCUAAUCGUGGAGUUAGCAUUGGUAAAAAGGUAUCAAACAAAGUUUUAGAACCCUACCACCCCCCAAAAAAUCUCCAUACCAAACAUCAGUUCAUUUAAAAAAAAAAGGUUUGUUUUUGGUAUUAACAUAAUGACGCUUCGUUUUCCACAAUUCUUGUCUGAAUUCCAUACUAAUUUUACCACCUUAUCAAAAAAAAAAAUCCUGACCACCGACCUGAAUUUUUGUCCAAAAGUUUUCCAAAUUGAGUUUUUUUUUUUAAAUACUUACACAAAUACUCCAAACUCUCCUCACAAUCGGGUCCUUAAACUAUAAAAUGCUUCCAUUUUCCUCCCCUCCCCCCCUUAAAAAAAUGUCUAUUGAUCAACCGUAUAGAACAAAGAGAUGACUGUCCAACAAUGCAAUUUCACAAUUUGAACUUCAGCUUGAAGGAAUUAUAGUCUGAUGUCUAAUUACCAAUAUUAUUUACAUUAAUUUAGUAACAAUGCAAAUAAAAAAGUUUGGUUCAGUAUCAGAAGGAAAA